GCUCGACCAUGCCCCCCCCUAUUGGGGGGAAAACCCACGCUGGGGAAACGAAAGUAAACAUCGCUGGGAGACGACGAAGCCGUGAGGCGAUGGCAAGUGACUCCAGUCCGUUCUAUGUCCGUGUCCGCGGUGUAAGGAGGGGGCUACUGCACAAGCUGCCAAACCAGAAAGAACAAUUGUGGUCUACGGUGUUCCAGAUGGCUUUCUAAACACUGACAUAAUGAUUGACAUACUAAUUAUUCAUUUUCAAAAGCAAAAGAAUAAAGGUGGCGACGUGGAGGAUAUCAUCUAUCCCACAUCAACACAAGGAGUGGCAUACAUAACAUUUGAAGAUAAAGGAGUUGCAGAGAAUGUUCUGAAAAAUGAACACCAGUUGGAGGACAAGAGGCUGCAUCAGAGUUAUCCUUUGAAAGUGUCACUGUAUCGAGAAAGCGUUUUUACUUGUGUGUCAUGCACUCUUGGGUUGGCAACUUUCAGAGCAAAAUGCAGCUUGGAAGAUCUGAUAGAAGACUUGAAGAAGAAUAUUCCGAAACUCAGUUUUGGGCCUUUACACCCAAAUGGACAGAUAAAGGUGCAGGGACCAUUUUGUGCCAUCAGUGAACUUCAGAAAAUGUUGUUAUUAAGAAUAAAAGAUUCCUGUUCUGAACAACACCAGAAUGUAAAAAAAAAAGAGCCAGAUCAUAUGGCAAGUACUAGUCAGACAAAGUCUAGAUUAAGUACUAGUCCGACAAAGUCUUUGGAGUCAAGAAAUGCUUCGGGCCAGGAUGCAAGUGAAGAUGAACUGAGUGUUUCCCUUGAUACUGAUAUUUAUCACUAUAUGAAAAAAUUCAAAAACAAGUUAUAUCAGAAGAGUCUAGAACAAUGUGGUGUUGUUGGUAAUGCAUUUGCAGGUGAUGAAAUUACCACCAUAUAUCUCAGAAAAAAGACCCCGAAGUCAAGUAACAGCCAAUUAGAACAUGCCAAAGAUAUACUUGAAAGUUUGUCAGCAGAACUGCAUAGCUCUUUACGCAAAGAAAGAUUGCCUCUGAAAGGGUCCACCAAAACUGAGAAACAGAAACGUGUGCAGGCAUUCAACAGGGUUUGCAAACGAUAUCCAAAUGUCUUAGUUACAGAGUAUUCAGAUCACAUAGAUAUUGUAGGCUCUUCUUCAGAUGUUUUUGAAUUUACACAAGAGAUGAAGAAAAUGUUCGGGAAUUCUCAAAAAGAAUCCUGGAAGUAAGUUUGUCACCAGUUUGAUGCCUCGGACCUGGUCUGUAUGUUGGCACAGGGCUGUUGCCCCAAAUGCCAUCCUUCUCUUAUAAAUCUGUAGGUGUAAUUGGCACCACUGUGUAUUUUUCCAUCCUUGUUCCGCAUCCUUAGUUGGCAGAAGCCCCCGAAUGGGUUAUGGUUGAGCUACUUGGAGAACUUGCUUUGAGAGUCUUAUUUCUUGUGUGUUUAUCACUAUAACUACACAUAGCUUUACUUUGAAAUUAGUUUAGUUAACCAUGUUGGAUCAGAACAAGUAAGAGGUAAUUAGAACAAAUGAUCGACGUGACACAGCUUCCCACAAAACACACAUCUUGUAAAAAUCACAUACUCUUCUUUUGUACUUCCAUUUUAGUAUAUUAGCAUUUUAAAGGAAACUAGCAUAUUUGUGAAGCGAUGUUGUUUGGUUAAAAUUAACAUAUCCUUAACAUAUUGUGCAAUUGUUUGCUUUUUACACUGGCAGUUUCCAUUACUCUGUUUUAUGCAGGGAGAUAUCACAGGGUAAGAUUGUGGACAGUUAGAGUCUUCUUUUAAAAUAUUAAUUUACAUUGAAAUUUUACAUUAUUACAAAAUACUUUAAAAUAUUAAUUUACAAGGAUGAAUGAUGAGAGUCAGGAUGGAUAGACAGAUAGAUAGCUUGAUGAUAGCUUGUUGGUUCCACUGGAUUUACCAUGUCUUUAUAUGUUAACGCUGUUUAAUAGUUUUAAAUUUCUAAUUUUAUAGUAACAAUUUUCUGUGAAAAGGCAGUAAAUAAAAGUUGAAAUGUGUAAUUGUUA